AAAAACUAGUGACAAUUAUACCCAUUGAACAAAAAAAAAAAAAACAUAUUAUCAUUAUCUUUAUGAAAUCGGUAAUCGUUAAAAAAAUAUUUUUUUAACGUUAAUUUGGAGUUUGCAAAAGUUUAUUUUUUUCUUAAUACUUUUGAAAAGUUAUUUGUCAUGGCUAAAAAAUCAAAAAUAAUGCCGCCAUCAUCUAAUAAAUAUAAAAAAGUUAAAAGGCCAACUGUGUUGGUGAAAAGGAAUCAAUUGAAACGAAAAUCAAUUUCAAAACCUCGUAAUUUAUUGUACGAAAAACUUAAGGCGAAUAAUAAUGCUCUUGCACGUGCAUUGUCUAAGGAAAAACAAGAUCAUCAAUAUACAUUUUCUCAUAGUCUUGCAUUAACAAGUCAAAUUCAAGAAAUGCAAAUAUCAUUAAACAAACGUGAUGAAAUAUUAUCAAAGAUAUUGCAGAAUUCAAAACAAGGUUUAGAAUUACUUGUAAAAGCAACUGGUUAUCUUACUGAUACAAUACAAUCAUGCAGAUCAAUCGUACAAACAGAACCAUUUAAUUUACGAAUUAGUUCAUCACGUAGUCCAAUGCCACGAAGAGAAUCAUCAAGACAAUCAGUUGUUAAAUCACCAGCACGUGGUGUUGUUCAACCAAUGGUUAGUGGACACACAAUAACAAAACCAGUUAUUAAUUUAAGUAGAAUAAAUAUGCCACGUAUACGUACAUCACCAAAUUUAAGUGAUAUUGAAGAAAGUAUCAUAUCAACACCAGAACGCAGUUCACUUCAAACCGAUAAUAGUUCAACAACAGCAACAACAAAUAAUAAUAAUAAUAAUAACAAUAAUAAUUCAACAGCAACCAGUUUUAUAAGAUUACCACCAGUAAAUCAACAAAAUGGUUUUCCAACUAGACGUGUAGAAAGAUUAUUGCCUGAAAGAAUACGUGUAUCAGCUGCAAGAAUAAGCGAUGAAAUUGAUGAUUUGUCUGACAAUAAUAAUAUUAGUAGACGAUCAACAAGUAGAAGAACUAGUCGACAUUCACGACGCGAAUCACGUAAUUCUGAACGUCUGUCUGUUGUUAAUCUUGAAUCACGUUUCAAUAAUGAAACUUUACCGGAAAUGUUUAAAAGUCCACGUGUUGCAUUGCAAGAUGUAUCACGUUUCUUACGAAAUAAUACACAAACCAUAAACGUUAAAACUUUUAUGGAAAAUGGUAAUACUAUUAACAAUAUCAAUAAUAAUAAGAAUAAUAAUAGUAACAGUGUAAGUAGAUCGGAAGACAAUACAAUUGUUGAGUCGUCAAAUGAUCGAGACAUUUCUGUACAGGACAAUGAAAGUACAGUAAAUGUUACAGAUAAAUUAUCAGAAUCAUGGACAGCUCCUACAUAUGGUUUUGAUUCAAAAAAACAUGAAACAAAGAAAUCAAACAAUGGGGAUGAUCCAUUAGAAGGACCAAGUUGGAUGCAUAAUUCAGAACCUAUUGAUAUUGAUCAAAAUAAUUCUGAUGCUGAUAAUAAUAUUCAAGUUUCAAAUUGUUCACGUAUUAAUCCCUCAGAAACUUAUGUUAUAUCAUCAUCAUCAUCAGCAGCAGCAGCAGCAGUAGCAGUAGCAGCGUCUGCACAGAUAGAUGAACCAACUGGUGAAGAUGAUCCUAAUGAUUCUUCACAAAUUGAAUGGGCUAAAAAUAGCUGUACUGUUUCCUCGUCAAGUAGUGAUGAUGAUAAUGAUGAUGAUAAUGAUAACUAUAAUGUCGAUGAUAAUAAAUCAGUUAACUAUUCAAAAUAUUUAUCAGUUAAUACAAGAGCUAGAAGAAUAAAUAAUUAUGUUUCUAAUGACAAUGAUAAUAUUAAUACAACUAGAAAUGUAUCUAAAUAUUCUUCUGCUGAUAGGGACACUCCAAAGAGUCGUAAAUUUUCUACUCGUGUUGUUGAUGAUGGUGAUAACGAUGACAAUGGAGAUAAUGAUGACGGUGAUGAUGAUGAUGAAAAAUGUGGUGAUUGGGGUAGAUUAGCGGCUUCAAUUAAUACACGACCACGAAAAACUGAUGAUUUUGAAAAUAAUGAUUUAUUACGAGUUUCGACAAAUGUUACUGUCGCACGAAGUCGUCAACCUAUUGAUGAUGAUGAUGAUGACUUUACGAUGAUUAUUAAAAAAAGACCAUGUCCUACUCGUAACUUACCUUUUGAUAUAAAUGAAUUAGAUUUACCUGUUUUAGAACGACCGCUGAUUGAAACACCACAAGUUGAACCUGAACCAGAUUUUACAACUGAAAUAAAUAUGUUAACAAGAAUUAUAAAUAUGCCGGCUACUCCUCGAACAAGUAUAAGAGAAUCAUUGAUGGAUAGUAUUAAUAAUUCAUCAGCCUUGAUUCCACAAAUAAAUGAAUCAAUAGAAUUGGAAAACUAUGAGACCAUUGAAAAUACUCGUGAUUCUUUUAUUGGACAUCCUGAUGUACUUAAAAGAAAAAGAAUAAAUAAAUAUCGAUUUGCAUCUUCCAGUGACUCAGAACCGUCUAGCCCACUGGAAAAAGUCUCGAAAAGUAAGCGGAAAAAUGUUAAAAGAAAAGAUCCUAGCAGUGCUAAGGUUGUGCUUGAAAAAUUAGAUGAAAGUAAUAAGAAAAUUACGUCAAUAACAUCACGGAAUUCUUCAAACUCUACUUCAUCGCUACAACUUGAUCAACAGAGUGAUUCAGAUAGCAGUAAUGCCAGUAGUAGAAUUUCUGGACGUCCAAGAAGACGGAAAGCUCCUACUAAUCUCAAAGAACCACGUUUAGGAACUAAAUUAAGACGACAGUGAAUAAUUAUCAUUUUUUAAUUUUAAAUAGCCAUUUUUUUUUUUUUUAACUCUAAUUAAAUUUUUGUUAAUAUUUAUAAUUCGUAAAUUAAUGAUUUAGUUAUUAUUAAAUAAUGACGAUACAAUAUCGUUUAAUGCUUUAUUAAUAAAAUUAAUAAUUUUACAAAAGAAAAGAUUUUUUUUUUUUUUUUUUGCCAAUCAUAGCAUUUUGGUUUUCAUUUUUCUAAAUAAUGACAAAAUUGGUAAAUUAAUUUUACUAUUCAAUUAUAAAAUAACCAUUCGAUAGACUUAACUAU